CGCGCGCCAGGCACUUCCGGAGGCGGCUGCGGCGGGAGGAAGUGCCGGUAGGCUGCGAGGGCGAAAGCGGGGCUCCGGCCUGCUUUAGCCGGUGAGGCCGGCGGGCUCUCUAUGGAGGCGGCUGGGAAACCGCGCUGAGGAGCUCCGGUCCAGCGCCUCCCUCUCUCAACAUGGAUGAGGACAGCCUGGAGGCUGCCCUGCAGACCUACCGUGCGCAGCUGCAGCAGGUGGAGCUGGCCCUGGGCGCCGGCCUGGAUUCGUCCGAGCAGGCCGACCUGCGCCAGCUACAGGGGGACCUGAAGGAGCUCAUCGAGCUCACCGAGGCCAGCCUGGUGUCCGUGAGGAAGAGCAAGCUGCUGGCCGCGCUGGACGGAGAGCGCCUGGGCCAGGAAGAUGCUGAGUACCAGGCUUUCCGGGAGGUCAUCGCCGAGGCGGCCCCUGGGGCCGGAUCAGAGACAGUUCCUAAAGCAGAGGCGGGGCCAGAAUCUGAGGCAGGUGGGCAGGAAGAGGGAGAGGAGGAAGAGCUGAGUGGGACCAAGGUGAGCGCGCCUUACUACAGCUCGUGGGGCACCCUGGAGUAUCACAACGCCAUGGUGGUGGGCACAGAAGAGGCGGAGGAUGGCUCGGCGGGUGUCCGUGUGCUCUACCUGUACCCCACUCACAAGUCCCUGAAGCCCUGCCCGUUCUUCCUGGAGGGAAAGUGUCGCUUCAAGGAGAACUGCAGGUUCUCCCAUGGGCAGCUGGUCUCUGUGGAUGAGCUGCGCCCCUUCCAGGACCCAGACCUGAGCUCCCUGCAGGCUGGCUCUGCGUGUCUAGCCAAGCACCAGGAUGGCCUCUGGCACGCAGCUCGCAUCACCGAUGUGGACAGUGGCUACUACACAGUCAAGUUUGACUCGCUGCUGCUGAGGGAGGCCGUGGUUGAGGGGGACAGUGUCCUUCCCCCGCUGCGCACAGAGGCCACAGAGUCCUCCGACUCAGACAGCGAUGGCACGGGCGACUCCAGCUAUGCCAGAGUGGUGGGGUCAGACACUGUGGACUCCGGGACCUGCAGCUCUGCUUUUGCUGGCUGGGAGGUACACACGCGAGGCAUAGGCUCCAGACUCCUCGCCAAGAUGGGCUAUGAGUUUGGCAAGGGUUUGGGCCGACACGCCGAAGGCCGGGUGGAGCCCAUCCACGCCGUGGUGCUGCCUCGAGGGAAGUCGCUGGACCAGUGUGCAGAGAUCCUGCAGAAGCGGACCAGGGUUGGCAAGGCUGGCACCAAGCCCCCCAGAUGCCGCAGAAGAGGGGCCAGGGCUGGGGGCCGCCUACCCCCGCGGAACGUGUUUGACUUCCUCAAUGAAAAGCUGCAAGGCCAGGCUCCUGGGGCCCUGGAGGCUGGGGUGGCCCCCUCAGGGAGAAGGAGCAAGGAUAUGUACCGUGCCAGCAAGAGCACCAAGCGGGCCCUGAGCCUGCGGCUCUUCCAGACCGAGGAGAAGAUCGAGCGAACCCAGCGGGACAUCAGGAGCAUCCAGGAGGCCCUUGCCCGCAAUGCUGGCCGGCAUAGCGUUGCGUCAGCCCAGCUGCAGGAGAAGCUGGCGGGAGCCCAGCGGCAGCUGGGGCAGCUCCGGGCUCAGGAAGCGGGCCUGCAGCAGGAGCAGAGGAAGGCAGACACCCACAAGAAGAUGACUGAGUUCUAGAGACCCACAAGCACUAUGGGGAAGGUGGACCCAGCGCGGGCUGCCCUCCGCACUGGAAAACCCAUGUUGCCCAAGGAGGACUGGCCUGCUGGCCUGGGGCAUGCAGACGCUGCUGAGUGGAGACAGGGCUGCAGGGCCCCAUCUGGACAAUUACCUGCCUGUCUGCCAGUGUCUUGGGCAUUUCCUUGGCAAGGACAUUAAAGAGUUUUCCAUCACAGUGUCA